CUACCUCCCGCCCCCGAUUCAGAUCCCGCCGCCCACGCCCGCGCGCCACCACACUCCGCUGCCCGCGCGCCGGAGUCCACGCCUCUCUUCCUCCGCCCGCCGAGCCACCCCAUCCCUGAUGCCUCAGUCGCCGCGCUCGUCCCGCCCUAACUCCCCUCCCACUCCAGCCGCCGCUGCCCCCUUCUCCCUCCCACCCACGCCCCGCGCCCACGCCCCAACCCCACCCCCUUCUCCUUCCCUCAGAUCUCGAUCUGCCGCCGCCCCCAACCCCAUCCCCACCGCCACCAUCGACGACCCUCACCGUACACGAGGUCGAGGCCGACCCAAGAUCGAGCCCAUGCCCAGAGCCGCCCCCAAGAUUCGCAGGCAACCCCACGCCAAUCAGGACAUCGAUCUGGAUCGAGCAGGCGCUCUCCACCGACGGGGCUUGGGCUGGCCGGCGUCCCACGUUGAUGUCCUCCUCCCUCCCGCUCCCGGCAACGCGCUCGGUCUCCGCAGCCAGCCUCACCGCCAUAGUCACAUGUACUUUUCCUCACCCUUCUCCCUUUCUUGGUCCUCUCCUCUCUGCUCUCUCUCUCCCCCGUUUGGCUUGGACUCACUGGAUUCGCUACUGCUGGGAGGUGCAUUGAGCGGGAUCUGCGUGGAGAUGGCGCGGGUGCUGGCGGCACGCGGGGCACGGCACCCACGUCGCCGUAGCCUCUUGGAACCUCACCCCCGCCGAGACCAUGCGCCAGGCCACAACUUCGCAGCCGACUUCGCUGACAGGGGCCUACCGCUCAACAUCCUCCUGUUGCUGACUUUGGUCUGGCCAAGAUCCAGCACGAAGACGACACAGCCAUGUGUCUACGCUGGUGAUGGGGACUUUCGGGUACGAAGUCGGGUAGAUCUACCGAGUCGAGAUGCGAUUGAUGAUAAAAACUCAUGCAACAGAGAUAUCAUAACAUUUCCAUUUUGUUACAUGUUUAUAUUUAUUCAAAUUCAGCUGUUUACAUGGCGGAGCGGUCCACAGACGUUUCCUUCAUGCAGCAGUUUAAGUUGCUUCCAAUUAAAUCUGAUGUGAAUGUGUUAUAUAUAAUUGAAUCUGAACAAAAUUUAUUCCUUCAAUCCUAUUCAUGUUUGCUCGGUGCAGAUUAAUUGAUUGUCUCAAUGUUGCCAAAGCUAGCAUGUUAUCAUGCCAAUGUACUAAAAUUAAGGGAUAUGAAAUAACCCCCUCACGGAAAUACAAUCGUAUGCACCUUAGCAUGGAAAUACAUCAAAUUUGGAUGAAAGGCAACAUAAAUGGCUUGUUGAUCCUAUUCAAAUUAUACCAUGAACUUAUUCUGCAUGUAUUCAACUAGAUCAAGUACAAGUACAUUAGUUCGUCAUAUCUGCUAUUAAUACACUGUCCAAGUCAUAAAUUUCCUGAACUGGUGCCUGUAUAUAUUUGGGUGCUUGUCAAUUAGAAAAUGUCUUCAUCUAGCCUUGUCUCAUCAUUAAAUUUGUGAUACAUACUUGCUGAACAUUUUUCUUCUCCUAUGUUAUUCAAGGAAAUCUAUAUGAUUUCUAUUCUUGACAUAAAAAGAUGAGCUAA